AUGACAAGGAACUGCGAGGAGGCUUACCACGUGGACGAGAUUGAAAUGUUACGUGAAGCGAGGCUGAUUACACGCCGUAGUGACUUCAGGGUAAUGAUUAUGAGACUCCAGAGGCCCAGCAGAAUCCAGCAUCAUCCCGAACCGUCUCCUCCCCAGCGUCGCCUCUUGCCUGCCUCUCGUCUCUUGUCCCGAGUUUGGAUGCUGGACGGAGGAACUGGGAAACACAAGGAAACACUCAACUCCUCAAUCUAUAUAUAUCAGAAGGGCGUAGUUUCAAGAAAAUACGACUCUGGUCCUGGUGGUGGUGGUCCUGGCAGCAGCGGCGGCAGCGAAGGGAGUGGCAGGGAAAUGAAACAUGUGCAUCACGUAGACAGCAAAGUUAGAGGGGUCCAUUACUGCAAGGAAUGUCUGUGGCCGCCCCAGAAUUAGCCACGUGAUUGCUCCGCGGCACGUGACCAGGCCGAGCUGCCUACCUGUCCGGCCACGCGAGGGACAACCUGCCUCGCGCCUCUACCUACCUCACUCACCUGUGCUAAUUAAUGCAGGAAUAGCGACGCAGGAGAGGGAUAAAUAUUACUUCACUUGCCUCCUCCAUUACUUCCGACCACAGAUUAAGCGGGGGGAGAGGCAGAAAGAGAGAGGGAAAACGGAAGGGGGAGGAAGGGAAGGAAAAGGGAUAGGAUGAGCGAAUAGGAGGAGGAGGAUCGAGAGUAAUUGAUAGGAAAAAAAAAUGCGUAAGACUAACAUAAGAUAAUGGACCCAGCCAAAGUUAUCGGUGAAGAAGUGAGAAAAAGGUAUUGUUACGAGGGAGAAGUUUGUUUUCGCUCGAUUUAAGUGAAGUUUUGUAAGAAGACAGAGAAUUUAAUGA